GAGCGGGCCGCGCAGGCGCCUUGUGUCUCUCUGCCCGGUCUCCGCGGUGACGGCAGCCGGCUCUGCAGCGACGAUGGCCCUGCCGGGUAUGGCCGCGCUCUCUCUCCUGCUGUUCGCCUUCAGCUGCCUGGGCAACCUCAGCCAAGGGCUGGCCGACAAGCGGCUCAAGAUGCAGUAUGUCACCGGGCCGGUGCUGCGCUUCCAGAUCUGUAUCUCCUGAGGGUACAGGAAAGUGUUUGAGGAGUACACGCGGGUUAUUAGCCAGCGGUAUCCCGACAUCCGUAUCGAAGGUGAAAAUUACCUUCCACAACCUAUCUACAGGCACGUAGCAUCCUUUCUAUCAGUCUUCAAGCUGGUCUUAAUAGGACUAAUUAUAGUUGGUAAAGACCCCUUUCCUAGUCUGGGCAUGGAAACACCUAGCAUUUGGCACUGGAGUCAGCAAAACAAGAUCUAUGCAUGUAUGAUGGUGUUCUUCCUUAGCAACAUGAUUGAAAAUCAGUGUAUGUCUACAGGUGCAUUUGAGAUUACAUUAAAUGAUGUUCCAGUAUGGUCCAAACUAGAGUCUGGCCAUCUUCCAUCCAUGCAACAGCUUGUGCAGAUUCUGGACAAUGAAAUGAAACUCAAUGUACACAUGGAUUCAAUCCCACUGCAUCGAUCUUAGCUGAAUCUUAAGGCAUUGAACAGCCUUUUUUGUAUUUUAGAAGAUGUUUUCUGAGAAUGGUAAGACUGAUGACUAUGAAGGACUGCACUUAAAGCAGCACCAACUGUUUGUGCAGACUGGAUGCUCCCCAUCAGUCAUACUGAUCCUUUGAAAACCUCCUCUGAAAAAUAAAAAGGAUUUCAAUGCUCAUACACUGAUCAUGUUCACCCUGUAGUGUACUGCACAUAUAUCAAAUUGUAAUAUGAACAUAGUUUCUUUUUUAUAUGUAAUUUAAUAUGACUUUAUGGCAACAUUUAAUGAAAUAACACAGGUGGCAAAUAACAGUUCUGUUAUUUUGUGUUUUAAAUGAGUGGUAAACUAUAAAUUUUAUGUUUGAUAUUGUAAUUUAGAAUUUAACUAUAAUUUAAAUGCAGGCACAUGUUUAACCCAUAGCCCUGGUGUAAACCUAUUCAAAUGCACUCUAGCAGGCUAAGGUUUACAUUUUGUACCUAGUAAGAGUGUUAGUAAUUUGAAAUCUCUCACUGAAAUAUUUGCCAACAGGGAAAAAGAUUUUAUGCCCUAUUCUAUAGCUUCCAAGUAGCCUGACUAUUAUUUUUCGUGUGAUGGAGAAAAUGGCCAUUUCACUUCAUACAACAUUUUUAAGCAAAACUUGGGGCACAAAGUGUCUUGUUUCAGAAGUUAUAACUUGCCUGGUGGCAAAAGAUAAUGCUAGUGGAAUGCUGCCUAAAAGUCAGUUUAAAUAUGUCUUUGAUUUGCAUGGAAUAAUAUAACCACAAGUGAACUCUCGGAUUUCAAUUGGAAAGCUAACAUAUAAGAAUGAAAAUACUAAAUUUUAACACUAGUGUGAAAAGUUGAAACAGGUAUCCAAAAGGGUGAUGCAGAGGUCAGGUCUCUCAAACCUAAUUGGAAUGCAUAAUGAGUUCAUAACAACUUUGGAUCAACUGAAAGCUAACCCAUUGAGCUCAUUUGUAAGGGGAACAAAACAAAAAUCUCACACAGCCAACAUUUUUGAAAUUUAAUUUGAAGUAAAAUGGAAUAAACAUUUUUGGCCAUAAUUGAAUUUGAUAAUGCCACUGCAACGCUUUGGAAUUUUAUUUUCUCGUCUGCCUUUGAUUAUUUGUUUACUGGAUGGAUUUUUGCUGAUGCCUCGAUAUUUGGUUGUUCUUGAAUCUCCUCAUUUGCCUGCUAUGUUUUGGUAAAAGGGUAAACACCCACAACAUUCCCUAAUAACCUUUGUGGUAUGCACUGUGCUAAAAUUAACAGUGAUGCACAUAGUUCCAAUUAAAUAUUUUAAUUCUAAUACUCUAGGCAACAUUCUAUCUGUACCAAUUUGCAAUAUCAAGUAGAACAUAAAAUAUAUCAAUUCGGUGAAUUAUUGAUUACCACUCUGUAAACUUUGAGGGAUAGACAGAAAUAAAACACUGGCAGCCCUAGAAACCAUUCCCAUGAUUUCUCAAUAGACCUCUCUCCUCACCAAGUACUUUUGUAGAGUGGAUGUGAGUGGUGAAUGCCAAUGGUGAGGAACAAGGAUAAACACCAUAAAACAAAUCAGCACAAAUCGUAAAGUUAUUCCUGUUGCAGUAAAGUUUCAAUUCCAAUGUAUCAGAUUUUCAAAUGAAUUGUUUUAUACUUAGUCACAGCACUGAAAAAUUUAAGAUGAGAUUGCCAGCAUGUGACUUUUGCAGCUUAGGUUUCCUUGCUCUAAUAUUUUCUUCAUCAAUAUAGAUGAUUUCACACUGUUUGUAUCUUUGCAUUCUGUACUAUCUUAAUCCAUUAGAAAAUGCACUUUAUUUUUGAAGAGUAUUUGAUAACCUUUCCUUUUAUUUAAAGAAAAUCCCCUUAGCCAUAGUUCCAUAUACAAAUGAGAAAAAGCUUCAUUAUUUCUAAUACUAAAACAUUUGAAUUACUUUAAAUCUUUGAAUUCACAUGAUGUAAGAAUAUCUUGUGUAUUUUGAACAGUCAUGUGUUGUAUUGCGCUUUUUGAAUUUAAUUGCAAAAUUUUCCUCGCUUUAUCUGAAACAUUUGUGACUUGCCUAAACCAUCUCAGUUACCUUGUUGUUCUGCAUUCUCAUCUUUUGAGAACAGGUUACACUAUAUCAUCCUUCGUAAAUUUCUUCUCAAACCUUUCAAUAAAGUCGUCUUUUGAGACACAAGGGCAUUGCUUUCACCAGGGUGCUUGAUUAUGGUGCUUUUUCUAAAACGAGUAAAUGGGAAGGAAAAUGUGAUGGCAUUUACCUUUUUAUCUACUUUUUUUGUUCCUUCUCCAUCAAAAAAGUUGAUGCUCUGUCCCUAUACUGGUUAAUCUGGUAUGAACCCACAGUUGCUUAUCUAGACAUCAUUUAGGUCAGUAGUCAAAUAUGGGGUACAUGAGUGUUUUAUAUUUGGCCGUGCAGACAGAGUAUUCAUUCUUAAUGCAUUUAAAUAUUGCUUCCAAAGGCUGAGUCACAUCUUGGUGUUCUGCUUUUGUGCAGUCUAAGCAGUCAGUUUCUGAUCAAAAUGUUCUAGCUGUAACAGCAGGUUGUAUUGGGUGUAUCAAUUAGUUGAGUUGAAACUGCAACGAUGGUACAGAAUUUUAAACUUUGUCAUUUCCUUACACCAUGCCUAAUUAUAUCUAGAACAUAAAACUCCUUAUCGCUGCCACCUUGGGUAUUCUGGAAAAAUUAUUUGCAGAAUGAGUUUGUUGCAUGUUUCCAUUGCUGGCCUUGAAAUGUUGUAUCUUCUGAAGAAAGAGCUGCAAGUUUUAAGGAACAAAUGCUAUUUGUAUUUCAUGAAUGAAAUGUUUCGUCUUGACCAGAGGCUAUUCGAGAAUGGCUCUUAAAGGUUAAAAGAAAAUGUACUUCCCAAUGAUGCCUGGCUCCCCAUUUAAAUGCUCAGUUUAAAUUUAUUCCAUGUUGUUAUAAAGUGCAGUUGACUGCCUUAUAUCAUCCACAUCUUAAAAGCUUUGCAUCUGAAGAGUUUGCAGGUUGUCUUUUGUUUUUGCAUUCAUGUGCCUACCCAGUGCUUCCUGGGUCUUUGUGAAUUUGUAGGAAAGGACGGAAUGCAUUUUUUGAAAUGAGCUUGAAGUAAGCUGCCUGUACUGAUUUGUGCUGUUUUUAAUGCUUAUGACUUGUCCAAGGUUUUAAAUUGCCAUAAACCAACUGUAGCAGAAUGGAAUUGAAUUUUUGUUUUUUGCAAUUAGCUAUUUUGUAGAUGUGCUUUCUUGCCAGUACAAAAAUUUCUAUUGUUUAAUGCAUCGUGCCCUUUUUCGCCUGACACAAUUACAUUAGGUAAAUAAGGACAUUAAUGGCUUUGUACAAUUCGGAUCUUUCAGUUUUUUUAUUGAAUUCACAAGUUGCCAUCUGCCAUGAAGGGACUUGACAUUAGCCUGGGGUCCUGGAUUGCGAGUCUAGUGACAUUGUUACUAUGCCGUGGCCUCCCAUUCUUUGCUUUCAAAUAAUAAACACAAAAUUGUAAAAUUUGACCUUUAAGACAUAUCAAAAAUAGUAAAGUAACAUAAGCACGAAACCUGAAUUGAUUUUGAGCAGUCAGAAUAAAGUUGAUUUUACAGUUUU